AUGUCUUUCCAGUUCAGAAACAUUAAGCACAGGGUUGCCUAUCUGAGAUUGUCACACACAAGAUGUAGUGAAUAUGGAAUGGAAUACUUAAAUUUGUUAGAUAGAGUUCUUAAUUUGUCAAAUAAUUUACUUGGAGAAUCAUUAAAACGCGACGAAGGUGGAAGAAUUUUCAGAAAUCAGAAAAGUUUGCAGGUCCUGGACCUAGCAAGUAAUAAAAUUGCUGCACUUCCCCGGAAUAUAUUUCGAGGUUUUUUCCAUAUCACGCAUUUAAACCUUAGUUCAAAUUCAAUUGAAAUCUUCAGUGUGAAUAUAUCUCAUUUGUCAAAGCUAACAUGGAUAGACCUAUCUUCUAAUCAGCUUUCCAGUCUGAAUGAAGAAACACGGACAACUUUAAAAACAUUUUCAGAAGCACAAAGACUUGCAUUGAAUUUACAAAACAAUCCAUUACAUUGUUCGUGCUCGAAUAUAAAAUUUCUAACUUGGAUUGCUCAAUCCAGAAAAAUAGAAUUCCUGAAUUUGAAUAACUAUACUUGUUUGUUUCAGAAUUCAAGCCAAAAAGCUUUCAAUAAUUUUACAAGAUUGCUGAAAGAAAUGGAGAAAGAAUGUGCUUCCUUUACAUUGGUUAUAGCUAUCACAUCAACUUUGCUUCUAGUUGCAGUUACAGUCAUCAUUAGUAGAAUUAUUCAUCGGUACCGAUGGAGGAUACGCUAUUUAUACUAUGUAGCAAGGCGUGACAAAAGACACCAAACUUCGAACAAAUAUAUAAGCUAUCACUUCGACGCAUUUGUUUCCUAUGCUGACAAGGACAGGGAAUUUGUAAUAGCUCUUGUCAAAAACCUGGAAGAAAACUUCAAUCUUCGAUUGUGUAUACAUCAAAGGGAUUUUAUUCCAGGUACAGAUGUUGUUGACAAUAUCACAAACGCUAUUCAUAACAGUAGGAGAACAGUCUGCUUCUUGACGUCACAUUAUCUUAAAUCCUAUUGGUGUGACGUAGAAAUGAAUAAGGCACGAAUAGAAUCGGUUUAUUCUAGAGAGAGAUCUAACGUUCUAUUGUUCAUUAUUCCACAGAGGAGUGUCGUUAAGGAAUUACCUUUGAAGUGGAUGGACCUUAUCGAAAACAAGAGUUACAUAGAAAUUUGUACUGCGGACGAAAGCGAAUUAUCAGCUUUUAAAGAAAGACUAGCAGAGACUCUAAAAACAGAUGAAUUUGGAAAUUAA